UACCUCACAGAAAUUACGAGAUUCAAAUUCGUAAUCGCUGUUAAAGGUCUUGAAUUAUUUCAUGUGUUUAAUGUGUGUAUUUCUUCUGGAGGAAGUACCAGUAUGCUAUCUCGCUGCGGAAGACCAUUUUAUUGUUGAAGGACAGUCCAAGACAGAAAGUCUGCAUGGUGGCCUCGGGCAAUUGUACUGCUGGAGAUACGCACAUCCACGGAGUCCCCAACGGAUUAAGGCGUGCCGCUUCAUUAUCCAGCGUUUGCUAGAGCGUUCUCAGACACGUCAGCCAGGUGUUGUUCUGGUAGCUCUGUUAACUCGCGUGUAGAAAACACUGAACCCAUCGACAUGAGCGCGCGGUUUGUUGUUACUCCGGCGGCCGCUGACCCGGACAGCAAGCCAUCCCCGUCGGUCGCAUUACUCCUGGAGAGGCAACAUGCAGAGGAACGGAAUCAGCAUCAGAAAGACGCCCUUGAUGACACUCAUGUUGAAGAUGCGCUUUACGAGGAAGACAUCUCAGUUCAUGGCCACUUAUCGGACAUUCUGCACAAGUUUGCCAGUUACGGUGGAGGUUUACAACCGAAGGCUGCCCAGAGCGAAAAUGAAAGUAACACGCCGUCCAAGCAACCCCAGGUAAAGCGGGCUCGCCUGGGCACAAUGCUGGGGGUAUUCCUACCGUCGUUACAGAACAUCUUCGGUGUGAUCAUGUUCUUACGGCUUAGCUGGCUCGUGGGCACGGCUGGUAUCCUCGAGGGCUUCGUCAUUGUCUUCCUCUGCUGUAGCACGUCUGGUGAUAAUGUGCAGCAUGACAGCAGCAGCUGCGACAGCUGUUCAUCUCAUAACCUCUGCUGUCGGUAUGCUCAACUCGACUGCCAAUAA